AUGGCCGGUGAUAAAUCUGGUGAUCGCAAAAUCUUGGAUCGUGCGCUGCGUCCAGCGUUGACCAUAGCCCAGUGUUUCGGUGCAGCUCCCUUCCCAAUAAAGGCACUUGAUCCGGACGCGAAUAACAAACAGUGGCGGGAGAUUUUCUACCAAGUACUACAGUUUUGUUUAGGUAUCCUGUUGAUCAUCGGGGGUAUGGUUGGAUUUUACUGGAAGCGUAAAUGGCGAUUUGAAAAGAUGAAUAUUCCGUUUUUCACCUUCGUUCUGUACAACUGCGAGAUGAUUCUAGGAUUGGUUGGAAGUGCAAUCGUCGUCCUUGCCUGUGCAUGGAAGCGAAAGAAAUGUGAAGAAAUUAUUAAUCUGCUACUGAGAACUAUUGAGGCGUUCCGAAAAAUUAACGAAGAGAAGGAUUUACACUGGUUGCGAUAUCAGAUGAAAAAAAUGGUUCUUUUCUUGAUGGUUUAUUGGUGUGCUGUCCUGGUGUUGGGUGGAAUCUAUGACCAAAGUAUAGUCAAAUUAAUGUUAACGACUUUGAUCUACUACGUUCCACACACUAUUCACACGCUAAGCUUACUGCAAUAUGCAUUCGUCAUUUUAUUCGCUUAUGAAAAGUGCAAAACUAUCAACGGUGUAAUAUUUUCGUUACGUUACACCUUGAAGUCCGAUCUUCCCAGUCAUUCCGACACAUUGGAACUUCUGAGAAAAGAACACAUGUUGUUGCACCGCUUAGUUUUCAAGAUCAAUCAAGAAUAUGGAUUGUUAAACAUAAUUACAAUGGUUCUCGUGCUAAUCGGUACCAGUAUCACUUGUUUAGAAGUGUACCAACAUACCAAUGUUCAAACUUUUACGAUUGACGCCCUGAACUAUCUUAUCUAUUCAGUUGUCUGGGUUUUGAUGUAUAUUUGUAAGAUGCUGCUCAUAUUGUAUCCCAAUCAUUUGAUGGAAAACGAGAGAGAAUAUACCGGUUUACUUAUUCAAGCUAUUCCUCUAUCAGAUCACGAACAAUUUAAAAUAGAGGUGACGAUUUUCACACGGCAAAUCAUGCAUCAGAAGGGACCCUACAUGGCCUGUGGAAUUGUAGCACUUGAUCUCAAACUGCUAGCAAGUAUACUUGGAGCUCUGACAACGUAUUUGGUUAUUUUGAUACAGUUUGAUAAAUCUGAUGCUCCGAAACCGGAAUAAACUUCAGGAUAAUCAUCAUUAAUUCGAUAAUCAUGAUCAAUGUAA